AUGGGGUUCUGGAGCGAGUUCAAGACACAGACGCGGGGGUCUAAACUAUUAUUCAAUGUUCUCUUCCAUGGAUUCCAUAUCGGGAUUUUUGCACUGGGAUGGUACAAACAAGCAACAGAAAUUAGACUCGCGGGUCUGAAUACUCUAACAUAUUCCGUAUGGCUGUCUCGAGGUGCUGGACUCGUCCUGUCCGUUGAUGGGGCACUGAUCCUCCUGCCCAUGUGCAGGAAUAUCCUGAGAUACAUCAGACCGAAGGUCAAGUUCCUCCCACUCGACGAGUCGCAGUGGUUCCAUCGCCAAGUUGCUUAUUCCUUGUUGGUGUAUACCAUCAUCCAUACUACCGCCCACUACGUCAACUUCUUCAACGUCGAAAUAACCCAAAUACGCAAAGAAUCAGCACUCCAGAUCCACUACAGUCAAGUAGGAGGUAUUACCGGACACAUUAUGCUCCUGUGUAUGCUCCUCAUGUAUACCACCUCUCACGCCAAGAUCCGCCAGCAGUCCUUCGAGACGUUCUGGUACACUCACCACUUGUUCGUCCCUUUCAUGCUUGGCCUGUACACUCACGCCACUGGGUGCUUCGUUCGCGAUACCACGCAUCCAUUUUCGCCAUUUGCUGGCGACGAUUUCUGGGAUCACUGCAUUGGGUACCAUGGCUGGAGAUGGGAACUCUGGGGAGGCGCAUUCUACCUGAUCGAGCGAAUUUACCGUGAGAUUAGAUCGAGAAGAGAUACUUCUAUCGUGCGAGUCGUCCGCCAUCCAUACGAUGCUAUGGAAAUCCAAUUUCGCAAGCCCUCCAUGAAAUACAAAGCCGGGCAGUGGCUCUUCCUCAACGUCCCCUCCGUCUCCAAACACCAAUGGCACCCUUUUACCAUCACCUCCUGCCCCUUCGAUCCCUACAUCUCGGUGCACGUCCGGCAAGUAGGCGACUUCACGCGGGCCCUUGGCGACGCCCUCGGUGCGGGACCGUCCCAAAGCAAAGUCUACGACGACGUCGACCCGAUGGGCAUGUAUGAAGUGGCGCUGCAGAACGGGCAGACGAUGCCAGAACUAAGGAUCGACGGCCCGUACGGCGCACCCGCCGAGGACGUCUUCGACAACGAGAUUGCUGUCCUGAUCGGCACGGGUAUCGGCGUCACGCCUUGGGCCGCCAUCCUCAAGAACAUCUGGCAUAUGCGGCAGAGCCCGGACCCACCGCGACGCCUGCGCCGCGUCGAGUUCAUCUGGGUAUGCAGGGACACGACCUCCUUCGAGUGGUUCCAGGUCCUGCUGUCCUCCCUCGAGGCCCAGAGCCAGGAGGCCGCGCAGCAGAGCCAAGGCGGCGUCGAAGCCGAGUUUCUGCGCAUCCAUACCUACCUGACGCAGAAGCUCGACCUGGACACGGCGCAGAAUAUCGUGCUCAACAGCGUAGGCGCCGCGCUCGACCCGCUGACGGAGCUCAAAUCGCGGACGAAUUUCGGGAGGCCGGACUUUGGGCGCCUGUUUGAGGGCAUGAGGGAGGGUAUACUCGAUCGCACGUAUCUGAGUGGCUUGGAGGGUUCUAUGAAGACCAAAGUUGGGGUUUACUUCUGUGGACCCAACGUCGCAGCGAGGGAGAUUAAGAAGGCGUGUAAGAAUGCGACUACUCAGGACGUCAACUUCUCGUUUUGGAAGGAGCAUUUUUGA